AUGCUAUUUUUGGUGAAUGGUAUUCCGACUAUUACCCCAUCAUCGUCAUUAUCAUCAUCAUUAUCAACAUCCACUCAACUACCAUUAUCAUCAUCACCGCCUAAUUUUUCAAAUGAUUUGAAAGAUUCGACAUUUCCAGUUUUGCUAACACAAUUGGAGCACAUCGAGGAUGCAAAUUGUGAAAGCCUUCUUGCAUUGCCAAAUUUGCAUCGUUUAUUGGAGCAUGAAUUAAAGCGUAACAAUCCACAACUUUUACUUCUGGCGCAAUUAAUUGCUCAAAAUCCUCAUUCACAUUUACUUCAUCUUCCUGAAAAUGCUUCUUUAAUUUUGGAUUCACCAUUAGCAUAUAACCUUUCGACACCAUUAUUCGUUUUACAGCUACAUUGCAGCCAAAUUGGUGAUGAUCCAUUGCAGCAAUGGAUACCGCUACUUAUUUAUCCAACUUCUGCUCUUAAUUUUUAUUUAACUGUACGUCUACGACCAUUUGAUUUAAACGCCUGUACAUUACCACAAUGCAGCAAUACAAAG